AUGGCACGGGAUGUGCUACAAACAAUUCAUUAUGAUCGUUUGCGUUCAAAUAAAUACGUAUUAUGUACCUUGAAUCAAGAGAAAGUUUUACCUGAAGCCAUUAAAUUAUUGGAAGAAAAUUCAGCAAAAGCUAUUGAAAUGUUUACAAAGCUUAAAGAGAUCUUGAUUUCUCCAGAAAAUUUUAGAAUUCAUGUGAGUGGAAAUAUUCUGCAAUUAAAAAAUCCUAAGAGUACAUGGGCAGAAAAUUUCAAAAUUAUUUCGAGUACAAAGCCUUUGUCGCCUAUUCCUUUACCACAAAAUGUCUUGACUGAAUCGGGACAUAAUCCUGGUAACAAGGGAUUCAUUGUUAAACUUCCUGCUAUUGAAAAUAAUUUUGCUAUCCAUGCAACAAAAGCUCCUUUGCUUGUACUAUGUGAACUUUUACACACAAUGGAAGGUGUAUUUUGGAGAGUAAUUCGUGGUCAAGGAUUAGCUUAUAGCGUUUGGCUUAAAGUUGGCGUAGAAUCAGGUCUUGUUUAUUUUACCAUAUACAAGUCACCUGAUGCAUAUAAAGUAUAUGACCAAGCUAAGAAAAUUGUAGACGAUCUAGCUUCUAAAAAGGUUGAGUUUGAUAAGUGUGAAUUAGAAGGUGCAAAAAGUGGGGUCAUUUAUAGUCUUGUCAGUAGCGAGGCUACAGAAUCGUUUGUUUUACAAGUUUUAAAUAAUACGAGUUCUAAUUUUAAUAGAGAAUUGAUUUCGAAAGUUCAAGCUGUGAAAUAUGAAGAUCUUCACAUUAUGCUAACGAAGUAUAUAACGAAAUUAUUUAUGCCUGAAACUUCAAAUGUUGUAGUUAUUUCAACUCCUGGUAAAGUUAAGGAUUUACAAGAAGGAUUUAAUUCUCAUGGAUUUAAGUUAGAAGUUAAAAGUUUAGAUAAA